GUGUCGCAAAAGUGUCGCCCAGCCCAAGUCCGCUCGGUUCCUGGCUGGCUUUGGGUCGUCUCCUCUUCUGGGUCGGCAACUGCGGGUGUCAGUCGGCAGCAAAAUGGAGGACGUCGAGCUCUGGGACGCGGACCAGGCUGGAGACCGGACUGGCUUUCCCGGGAACGGGUCUUCGCCAAGUGCUCAAGAACUUGCCCUGUGGUGGCAUCAGCAAGUUGAUUUUCAUUCUGCCUUCUUAUAUUAUUUGGCACAAACUGUACCAGACAUUUACUUUGAAGAAAUAGACCCAGAAUUGGAAAAACAGGAGGAAGCUGUUCAAACGAUGAUAUUAACUCCACUGGAAUGGUGCUUAUUUAAAGAAGAUCCAGUUAUUUCCUUAGAGAAAUUGAAACAAAGUGGAGCAUUUCAGCUUUGUGGGAAGGUUUUCAAAAGUGGGGAGACGACAUACUCUUGUAGGGACUGUGCAAUUGAUCCAACAUGUGUCCUCUGCAUGAACUGUUUCCAGAGCAGUGUUCACAAAAAUCAUCGUUAUAAGAUGCAUACUUCUACUGGAGGAGGAUUUUGUGACUGUGGAGACACAGAGGCAUGGAAAACUGGCCCAUUUUGUACAAUCCACGAACCUAGAGCAGUAAGGUCUAAUGAGAAUCCAGGAUGUCCACUGAGUGAAGAGGUAAUUGGCCAAGCCAAGAAGAUAUUCCCUUCAGUGAUAAAAUACAUGGUAGACAUGACUGUUUGGGAAGAGGAAAAAGACCUGCCUACUCAACUCCAGCUUAGGGCGAAAACUGAAAGAUAUUAUUGUGUCCUUUUCAAUGAUGAACACCAUUCUUAUGACCAUGUUAUAUAUAGUCUACAGAAAGCCCUUAAAUGUGAACUUACAGAAGCUCAAUUGCAUACCACUGCCAUAGACAAAGAGGGUCGUCGGGCUGUUAAACUAGGAUCUUGUGUUCAUUGUCGAGAAGCAAAGGAAAGUAUCAAGUUUCAUUCAGAAAAUGUUUCUCAGCAUCCACUUCAUGUAGAAGUUCUACAUGCUGAUGUUAUGGCUCAUCAGAAAUUUGCUUUGCGCCUUGGCACCUGGUUGAACAAACUUAUGAGCUAUUCAAGUGAUUUUCGGCAGAUCUUCUGCCAGGCCUGCCUCCAAGAAGAUGUUCCUAAUGAUCCCUGCCACAUAAGCAAGUUAAUGCUUUGGGAUGCAAAGCUUUAUAAAGGUGCACGUAAGAUACUUCAUGAAUUGAUCUUCAGCAGUUUUUUCAUGGAAAUAGAAUAUAAAAAACUCUUUGCCAUGGAAUUUGUGAAGUUUUAUAAACCACUGCAGAAAGACUACAUCAGUGAUGAUCAUGAUAGAAGUCUCUCUGUGACUUCAUUAUCAGUUCAGAUGUUUACUGUUCCUACUCUGGCUCGUCAUCUCAUUGAAGAGCAGAAUGUUAUCUCUGUCAUUACUGAAACACUGCUAGAAGUUUUACCAGAAUACUUGGACAAGAACAACAAAUUCAACUUCCAGGGUUACAGCCAGGACAAAUUGGGAAGGGUAUAUGCAGUUAUAUGUGACCUCAAGUAUGUCCUUAUCAGUAAGCCCGCAAUAUGGUCAGAUAAAUUAAAAAUACAAUUUCUUGAAGGUUUUCGAUCCUUCCUGAAGAUUCUUGCAUGCAUGCAGGGAAUGGAAGAGAUCAAAAGGCAAGUAGGGCAGCACAUUGAAGUGGAGCCAGACUGGGAGGCUGCUAUUGCUAUUCAGAUGCAGUUGAAAAACAUUCUUUUAAUGUUCCAAGAAUGGUGUGCUUCUGAUGAAGAGCUGUUAUUAGUGGCUUAUAAAGACUGUUUUGAAGCUGUGAUGAAAUGUACUUUAAGUAACAUUUCUCAUGAAAAGUCUGUAAUUUAUUUGUAUGGCCACACUUUGGAAUUUAAGCCCUACAAGGUGUCUGUAGAUCCUGUCAGUAUACAUUUGCCGCUCUCCAGGACACUUGCUGGUCUUCAUGUUCGUUUAAGUAAGAUUGGAGCCUUUUCAAGACUGCAUGAAUAUGUGCCUUCAGAAGAUUUUCAAGUGGAGUUGCUGAUAGAAUAUCCCUUGCGUUGUCUGGUUUUGGUUGCCCAAGUUGGGGCUGAUAUGUGGCGAAGAAAUGGUCUGUCUUUAAUUAGUCAGGUAUUUUAUUAUCAAGAUGUUAAAUGCAGAGAGGAAAUGUAUGACAAAGAUAUCAUCAUGCUUCAGAUUGGUGCAUCUUUGAUGGAUCCCAACAACUUCUUGUUAUUGUUACUUCAGAGAUAUGAACUGAUUGAUGCGUUUAGGAAGCUUGUCCCCUCCAAGGACCAGGAUGUGGUUAAACAAUAUAAUUCACUAAUAGAAGAAGUGCUUCAGCUUCUCAUCUACAUUGUGGGAGAGCGUUAUGUGCCUGGAGUGGGUAAGGUGAACAAAGAAGAGGUUCUUAUGAGGGAAAUUAUCCACCUACUUUGCAUUGAGCCCAUGCCUCACAGUAUCAUUGCCAAAUCCUUACCAGAGAAUGAAAACAAUGAAACUGGCUUAGAGAAUGUCAUCAACAAAGUGGCCAUAUUUAAGAAACCUGGUGUAUCAGGUCAUGGAGUUUAUGAGCUGAGGGAAGAAUGUAUGAAAGAGUUCAAUAUGUUUUUUUAUCACUACUCGAAAACACAACACAGCAAGGCUGAACAUAUGCAAAAGAAAAGGAAAAAACAAGAAAACAAGGACGAAGCACUACCACCGCCACCACCUCCUGAAUUCUGCCCUGCUUUCAGCAAGGUGGUUAACAUUCUCAACUGUGAUAUCAUGAUAUACCUUCUUACAACCAUACUGCGUAGAGCAGUGGAAUUGGAUAGUCACUUAUGGACUGAAGCUAUGAUCCAGAUGGCAUUUCAUCUUCUUGCUCUGGGUCUGCUUGAAGAGAAACAGCAGCUCCAAAGAGCUCCUGAAGAAGAAGUGACAUUUGACUUUUACUAUAAGGCUUCACGGUUGGCAAGUUCAUCUGGAAAUGUUCAGAAUAUACAGACACUUUUGGAAAAACUGAAAAGAGUUCCCCAAUUGGAGGCUCAAAAGGACAUGAUAAUUUGGAUACUGCAGAUGUUUGAUACGGUGAAACGAUUGAGGGAAAAAUCUAGUUUAUCGGUAGCAACUAUAUCAGGAUCAGAACUUAUCAAGAGUGAUGAGUGUAUGCAGGAUAAAGAAAAGGCAGAGCGCAAGAGAAAGGCAGAAGCUGCUAAGCUGCAUCGCCAGAAGAUCAUGGCACAGAUGUCAGCCUUACAGAAGAAUUUCAUUGAAACUCACAAAUUAUUAUAUGAGAAUACUUUAGAGCUACAAGGGAAAGAAAAUUCCAUUGUAGAGGAAGAGAGUGUACCUAUGGCCAUUGACUACUCUAGAAUUGCAUUGGGACCUAAAUGUGGUCCUUCUCUUAGUGAAAAGGAAAUGCUGACCUGUAUUCUGUGUCAAGAGGAGCAAGAAGUAAGAUUAGAAAAUGCUGCCAUGGUUUUAUCAGCCUGUGUCCAGAAAUCUAGUGCUUUAACACAGCAGAGGGGAAGGCCUGUGGAACUCUCAGGGGAAACACAAGAUCCACUCUUCAUGGAUCCUAACCUGACAUGUGGAACCCACACUGGCAGCUGUGGCCAUGUCAUGCAUGCAGUCUGCUGGCAGAAGUACUUUGAGGCUAUACAGAUUAAUUCUCGUCAGCGCCUUCAUGUUGAGUUUUUUGACUUGGAGAAUGGAGAGUAUCUUUGUCCUCUUUGCAAAUCUUUGUGCAAUACUGUGAUCCCCGUUGUUCCUUUACAAAUGCAAAGUAUGAACAGUGAGAAUGUAGAAGCUGUUGCUCAACUUUUAUCCUUGCCACGGUGGAUAGAAACUGUCAUGGCCCGAAUAUCAGGUUACAAUUUGAAAAAUGCUAAAGGAGAGAUACCAAAAGUUUCAGUCUUGGUCAAUCAAGGAAUGGGUGAUACUACUUUGGAGUUUCAUUCUAUACUGAAUUUUGGAAUCCAGCCUUCAGUCAAAUUCUCUAGCAGCAUAAAAGAGAUGUUGGUUCUCUUUGCCACAACAAUUUAUAGAGUUAUACUGAAGGUGCCUCCUGAUGAAACUGAUCCUCGGAUUCCUGCAAUGACCUGGGGCACCUGUGCUUUCACCAUCCAGUCUAUUGACAAUCUGCUGGAAGAUGAAGGCAAACCUCUGUUUGGAGCCCUUCAGAAUAGACAGCACAGUGGCCUGAAAGCAUUAGUACAGUUUGCUGUGGCACAGAGGAUUACUUCUCCUCAGAGCGUGAUACAGAAACAUCUAGUCCGUCUCCUAUCAGUUGUUCUUCCUAACCUGAAAUCUGAAGAUACACCAUCCCUUCUUUCUGUAGAUCUGUUUCAUGUAUUGGUGGGUGCCGUUUCAUCUUUCCCAUCUUUGUAUUGGGAUGAUGCUGUUGCCUUGCAGCCUUCAUCAGUUAGCUCUUCCUACAACCACCUCUAUCUCUUCCAUUUGAUCACGAUGGCUCAUAUAUUCCAGAUACUUCUCACCAUAGACACAGACAAUCUACCUGCCGAGUUACAAGAAGAUAGUGAGGAGGCUCAUUUUGCAUCUUCUUUCUGCUCAGAAAUUUCUCAGUAUUUUGGUGGAUGCAUCAGCUAUGAUGUUCCUGGUUGGUAUUUAUGGGAUUGUUUGAAGAGAGGCAUUACCCCUUACCUUCGAUGUGCUGCUUUGUUUUUCCAUUAUUUGCUGAAAGUGCCACCACCAGAAGAACUGCUUUCAGUUUGUGAGGAAGGUCAAUUCAAUGCACUCUGUAGCUAUUUAUCCUUACCCACCAAUCUGUUCCUGCUUUUCCAAGAAUAUCGAGAUACUAUAAGCCCCUUGCUCCAGAGGUGGUGUUCUGAUCCUGCCUUACACAGCCUUUUGAAAGGACAAAACACUAUGGUCAGGUACCCCAGAAAAAGAAAUAAAUUGAUAGAACUUCCAGAAGACUACAGCUGUCUCCUGAACCAGGCUUCUCAAUUCAAGUGCCCGAGGUCUUCAGAUGAUGAGCGAAAACACCCAGUCCUGUGUCUCUUCUGUGGGACCAUGUUGUGCUCUCAGAAUAUUUGCUGCCAAGAAAUUGUGAAUGGGGAGGAGGUUGGAGCCUGCAUUUUUCAUGCUAUUCACUGUGGAGCUGGAGUCUGCAUGUUUCUAAAGAUUAGGGAAUGCAAAGUGGUCCUAAUUGAAGGCAGAGCCAGAGGCUGCUUGUUUCCAGCCCCCUACCUGGAUGAAUAUGGAGAAACAGACCCUGGGCUAAAGAGGGGCAACCCCCUGCAUUUGUCUCAUGAGCGUUAUCAGAAACUCCAUUUGCUCUGGCAGCAGCAUCGUAUUAUAGAAGAAAUCGCGAGGAGUCAAGAAACUAAUCAGAUUUUAUUUGGAUUCAACUGGCAGUUACUUUGAGUCCCAGUUCCACAGAAGAGUCACAGAUGAAGACAGGGUCUGGAUUCUAACAGAAGAUCACAUCCUUUGUCCUGGUGCCAUUAUGUAACUGACAGAAAUCUGCUCAGAUCCUGGUGUUAAGUAGCCAUAGGACCAUAAUAAACAAUUCCCCACUGAGCAUAGAAAUAUCGGGCCAAUUCUGUAACAGUUUAUGUCUUCCCAGAAGACUUUAAAUCUUCGAUUCAUCAUAUGUGUGCAGCCUUUCAUGAACUCCAGUUGUAUGACAGAUGCAGAGAACCAAAAAAAGCCAUGCAAUCGACAGUCUGUUUCUCUGUCUUACUGUAACAAGCAGUAAUUGAGCCUCCUUGCUUUUAAAUAAUAAUGCCCUUCAGAAUCUGCCUGUAGCUUUCUGGGUUCUUAGCCAUAAUUUUUAUAUCAAGGGGACUUGUUAUGUAAAGCUUUAAGAAAAGGAUAAAUCGAAGCCCUCUGUUAGCUUCCAUGUCUCCUAUGCCUUAGGAGUCUGAAAGAUCUAUUCAGAGACUAUAUUUUGACCUUGAUGAGGACUGUCUUCCAUUUAUGUAUAAUGGUUUCUUAAACUUUUACUUCUCUAUAAAAACAGGGAAGUUAAAAAUAUGUAUACCAGGUGUUUAAGGAUACACAUUUGUAUUUAGUUUUGUGUUUUGUUUUUCUUUUGUUGAGGGAAAGGGAAGAAGAACCUGUCAGAGGUAUCAGAAUAAUCAUGACUAUGAUACUUGAAUAAUUCUACAGCUUUGAUUCUAAGUACUCAAAAGAUAUUCAGAAGAUAACUCAGCAGUAGGAAACUUGUCGAAUUAUGGCAAGUUGGAUGAGGUUUGAAAUGUUCAUUGCUCAGUUGCAUAAAUUCACUGAUGUGGUGAAAAGACACAGAUUUCUCCCUUCUUGGUCUCAUCUACAGUUCAGCAGGUUGCACUAAAUAUUUAGCUGGGAGAACUGACUGGGUGUCAGGCAAGAGCAGCCCGCUGUUGACCUCUGCCCUGAUUUAUGCCCUAUAUAAAUAACAUUAUAAAGCAAAGGCAGAUUCUUCAGAAGGAGAAUUUCUUCCUGCUUUAAUAGUCUUUUCCAUUCAGUUCACCAAUCCUGAUGGUAAGCCAUCGGGCUGCCAGAGGAACUUCCUGGCAGUGGCUAGUAAAAUCUUGACUGCCAAAGAAGCCAUCCCAAGAGAUGAGCGCAUAGAGGCCUACUCACAACUCAAGUGUUGGCACUUGUGUGCGGGCUCAGUGUUCAGUGUUGCUAUCAAAUGAGAAGUUUUUACGUAUGUUAGAAACCUUCUAGCAGUUUGCACUUCAAUAGUGCAAACAGAGAAAUGGUGCAUUUAGAAGUCACGAACACACAAAGUCACUUUUUUUCCUAUUGAACCAGGAACCUGUUCAUGAGGAUGCUCCUAAAGCAUGUUUUUCUUAUGACUGGGGAAAUGGGGCAGGAGGUCUUUGCAGUAGGAAAAACCUGUUUCUGUAUAGUUAAUUUAUUAUUCUAAUAUAUGAGCUACAAGGUCAUCUAUUAAUGGUCAUUUAUCAUUUCAUAACCUACUAUGCAUUUUGGUUCACUGUGAGGAUAAUCUAUGGUGAUUGUAACAUGUUCAUGCCACUGAUUCAGAUUCCAUCCAGAUGAACAGAAGUUCAGAAGUUAUUCAAAAUGAUGCAUAUAUUGAUAUCUUUUAUUGCAAAAAUGUAAAUUUAAGACUUGUAUAAUGUUCUUGUGCUUUUUGACAUAAAUAUUAUAUGUGUAUAUUUAAAAAGGAAAUAAAAGUGACUUAUACUCUUUCGGAUUUUUAUCUGAAAUAUGAAAUUAGACAUCAAAAAGGUCUUCUAGAGUCAACCUCUUAGCUAAGUUUUUGAAGUGUGAAAUGUCUAGCUUAUCUCCAGCAAGGGAGAUACUACAUUAUCCUUAUGACAUGGAUUUCUUUCCUUUUCCUGUCUUGUGUGGGUAGUCAGGAUGUUUUUAAAGGGUUCCAAAAAAAAAAAAAUUGACAAUUCACUUUCAGAGCUUUGAAAAUCAUUUUUCAAAAGUGAAAAUUCUUGGGAGUAAUAACACCCAAAACUGGUAUCAGUCCUUUACACUUUACUAAAUAAUGAGUUUGAAAACAAAUUUUAAUUGGGGGUGAACGGAAAAAGGAAGGAGCACAGAAAAGCACAAGGCAAUUUCAAGGCAGGAGCCACCAAUGGGAAUUAAUAAUAUGACAAUAUAUUAUUUAAAAGGCAGAAUUGAAUAGUAAAGUCUACUUCAUAAUUUUGCCUAGUAAUAGCCUUUUGUCUAACCUACAUUUUAUACUACAUUUGUGGUCUAUCCAGUCUCAUUCUAUCAUUUUAUAAAGCAUCCUAACUGAAGACUUUUGUUUCAUUCAAAUAUAUUUAUUGAUGCCCUACUUUGUACAAGAUUCCACAGCAGAAUAAAUGACAAAGUGUUUAAGUGCUUCCUGUAUGCUAAUUGUGCUAAGUGCCAUAGAGACUAAUACAAAAAUAAGACAAGCCUUGCUUCUUAUAUUCUAAUUGCCAAAGGCACGUACUGGGAAAUAAUGUCCACGUGAUUGGUUUAGAAAGUCAUAGCAAGGCUGGGUGGAGCCUUAAGAUAGGAGAUUGAUAUAUCCUUUCCAGUAGCCUAAUGACAGUAUUGAUUCUGUUGUGGUUUCAGAGCUGAAAAUGGGCAGGGGAAGGGGAAUGGCAAGAAGAUGGCUGAGAUGUAAAGUGAAUCAUGACUAAAUCUGCUAGACAUAGUGGACCACGUGAGCCACUCACCAGUCAUGACUUUGGUUGGGGUGGGGUGGGGGUGGUCAAGAGGCUGUACGUGCCCUGCCUAGGACAUUUUUUAUAGGAUGAAGCAGUAUUCUCUGAAUUGUCCUGAGUUGAGACUGGGGACUUCUCUGAAUUUGUAUCCUAGUAGUUCGGUUGCUCUCCAAAAGUGAGUUGCCUUGUAUAGAGGUUUGUCUUGGAGAGUCACUUGUUUCAUUGACACUCCUUUCCAGGAUGGUAGUAUUGAUAUUAUUAUUCCCAGAGCUAGUUUUGGAGGGGCAGGAUUAGACAUACUGGAAACGUGCCAGGUUGCUGGCUAAAGGACCAUUGGAUCUGGGGCUAACCUUCAUUUGGAAGCCCAAGCCUGUGAGCUGGAGCCAAUUCCUCAUUAUAAAGUGAAAGAAUUAGAUUAGAUCACUGGUGUCAAACUCAAGUAGAACCAGGGGCCCAUUAAACCAUACAUAAGGUCCUAAGAGGCUGCAUAUUGACUUA